CCGCCUAGCAAUUUGAGUGCUGUCGAAGGUGGCCAUGUGGAAGUCUCUGAAAGGCCUCGAUGCGUAUCCCAAGACGAUGGAAGAGUUCAAGGUCCGCACGACACAAGGCGGCAUCAUCUCUGUCGUUGCGAUCGUCCUCAUGGUCGUGCUUGUCAUCUCGGAACUCAACUUUCAUCUCAUGGUGGACACGGUGGACAAGAUGUACGUCGACGGCGAGCGUAACGUCAACCUCCUCAUCAAUUUUGACAUCGACUUCCCCAAAAUGCCGUGCUCCAUUAUAUCGGUGGAACAUGGGGACAUGCAAGGCCGUGUCCACCUGGACGUCAUCGACAACAUCCACAAAAUCCGCCUCGAUACGAAUGGCAACUCGCUUGGCGAAAUGGUCAAGCACGAGAUGGGGAACGCCCUCAAGGAAGAGCACGUCAAGAGCCAUGUAGACAAGGGCUACUACUGCGGUAGUUGCUACGCCGCCGGCGAGCCUGGCGACUGCUGCAAUACCUGUGACGACGUCAAGAAGGCCUACGCUAUCAAGAACUGGGCCAUGCCGAGCAUGCAUUCUGUGUCGCAAGUACUGUUGGCGACGCCACAUAUAUCGCACGCAGGUUCCUUGAGGCUGAUGUUGACGCUGGUGAUACAGUGCAUGAACGACGAGCUGGAAGGAAUCUUGAACGGCACCGUAAACGAAGGAUGCCGCAUUUUUGGCCACUUGGUCGUUGCCAAGGUUGCGGGGAAAUUUUACUUUGCGCCGUCACGAAUCUUUGAAAACGGCUACUUGCUUGACAAGGACAUGCUGGACUUGACGUUCCGGUCUUUUGAUAACACGCACAAGAUCAAGACCCUCACGUUUGGAGACGAGUACCCAAACAUGAAGAACCCGCUGAACUCGCGCAACAAGACGCUUCCUGCUGACCAACGCGGCGCGUACCAGUACUUUCUCAAGGUCGUGUCCACCGACUACACGUUCCUCAAUGGGGAUGAGAUCAAGUCGAACCAGUACUCGGUCACGGAGCACUUUUUGCAAAUGACCCCCGCGGGACACAAGGGCCUUCCUAGCGUUUCGUUCGCAUAUGAUUUCUCACCGAUCAAGUUUCGCAUCGAGCAAACGCAGAGCGGUCUCCUUCCCUUCUUCACCAGUAUCUGCGCUAUUGUCGGUGGAGUGUUCACAGUGAUGGGGCUCGUGGACUCGGCGAUGCACCAGCUCUCGACCAAAGCAAUCAAGAAGCCGACGCUUCUUUAGAAUCGCACGAUGGAUGAGUCGAAAAAAACGCAAUUGGACCUUUUACUCCAUGUAAGCUAAACGAGCAAAACAAUUUGACGACAGAGGGACGAGC